AGAGUUUUUGUGGAUUUGAGUGGGAGGGCAAGGGUGCAGAGCUUGGGGGGGAAGUGGUACACUCUCAUUGUAAGGGAUGACUGCACGAGGUGGAACCGCGUCUACUUCUUGAAAAACAAGUCAGACGCUGCAGAAGCAUUCGAGAGAUACCUAGCGGAAAACCGGGCAGACGGAGCCCCAUCCGAGGUCAUGGUCGUGCGGUCUGACAACGGAGGAGAGUUUUUCGAGGGAGAGUUCGGAAAGCUGUGCCGCAAGUACUGCAUCAAGCAGGAGUUCACCCCCGCAUACAGCCCAGAAUACAACGGUGUAGCUGAGAGAGCACUGGGACUGAUCAAGGAUGCAGCACUAGCCGCGCGCAUACAAGCGCCGAUUCUUUACCCCGAAGCGCCGAGCUACCCCUCCCUUUGGGCCGAAGCUACAGCUUGGGCAUGCAACGCCCUUAACUGCACCUCCACCACAUCCAACCCGGACAAGAAAUCGCCGUACGAAAUGUGGCACGGGCACCCACCUCCCCCAGAGGCGACGUACCCGUUCCUCAAACCCGCCGUAUACAAGGUCAAGCGCACGCACAAGUCAGAGCCGAAAGCAAAAAAGUGUUUUUACCUCGGCCCUGGAAUCAACACAAACCGUGAUUGCGUGCGCAUCCUGAACGAAAAACGCCAAGCGAUCACAACUCGCAACUUCACCUGGCAACCGUACCCGCCGCCCCCGCCGCCCCCGCCGCCCCCGCCGCCCUGCCCCGGUCGCUGGCUCCCAUCGCAGAGGUGGAAGAGAAAUUCGCGACUGAGGAGGACGAGGUUGGGGAGGGCGCAUCGAGCCAAGGUGGAGGGAGGGCGGAGGGAGAACCUGUGGAUAGAGGACCAGGUUUCAACCUUGGCACGACGGCAGCCCCAGGGCCCGCGGGGCCGCCCGCGCGCGCAGCGCCGGCGGCACCGCCGGCCGCGCCCCAGGAGUCGGGCGCGGGCGACGCUGGCGAUGGCGCCCCCUCGAGCAGGGAGAGCGCGAGCGUCGCCCCAUCUACCACGUCGACCGGCACGGUCGAUGUGGGCGGCGGCGAGGACGACCGCCGCAGCCGCGGUAGCGGCGGCAGCGGCGGCGGCACCAGCGGCCGCGGUAGCUGCGGAAGUGGCAGCGACAGCAGCAGCGGCGGCAGCAGCGGCGAUGACGGCGGCAGCGACAGCAGCAGUGGCAGCGACAGCGAGACUGAUCUCCCGGCGCUCCGUGGGCCAGAGGCCCGGCGGCUCGCCCGCUUCGACAAGCCGGCGGAACUCACCAGCCGCCGCACUAGGGAGAACCCUCGCCGAAAUCCGAGGGCUAGAGGCAAGGGCGGUGCGAGAGUUGCUCUUCGAGUGCGCGGAGGAGGCCCACACUGCGCGCCAAGAGGCGGAGGAAUUCCUGCUGGGUGCGGUGGACCUCAUGCUCAACUCGCCAGACGCCUUCGAGACGGCUCUGACGUCCCACGAGCUAAGUGAAUCCCCCAUAGGCAAGCCAAACGAGAAGGGCAUGAACCUCAAUCACUGGGAUGUGAAGCAGGCGUACACUCACGCCACGCUAGACGAGGAGGUUUUGCUGAGGCUCCCCGCUGGGUGCGGGGACAAAUCGCAUAAGAUCGUUAAGGCUGAGCGUGCGAUUUACGGUCUGAAGCAGAGCGGUAGGCAGUGGGGGUACCACGUUGCUGAUACGCUAGUCGAGAACGGGUUCGAGCAGUGCAAGGCGGACCCGUGUGUUUUCUGCAAGAUGGUAAACGAAGUCGUGGUAUUGAUUAUCGUGAUUUAUGUGGAUGACAUUUUGGUGGCUGGAUCUGACGAGGAUUGCGAGGAGUUGCUCGCUUCUCUUAACAAGAAGUUCCCCACCAAAAAUCUGGGAGAACGCGAAUGGUCUGACGGGUGUGCCAUCGAGAGAGAUGUACAGGCUGGGACUUUUCACAUCUCGCAAACCGCGAACAUCGACAGCAUGAUGAAACGCUUUGAUGUACAAUCGACCUUCCGCAUCCCUGCUUCCCCUGGUGUCGACCUAGGACCGAAGCGAGAUGACGAGAAGGGAGGGGAGUGGCCGGUGAGGGAGGCCAUCGGCAGCAUGAUGUGGGUGUCGACGUUCUCGCGUCCAGACGUCUCGUUUGCCGUGCGUGCGGUAGCGCGCCACGCCCACGCCCCGGCGAAGAGGCACUGGGAUGCCAUACAGAAGAUCCUCGGCUACCUGAAAGGGACGAGGGACCUCGGCAUCACCUACCAACGGGGAUCGGGGUUAGGGCUGGCCGUGUACGUAGACGCUAGCUACGCCGACACGGAGGAUAAGCAUUCUUUGUCAGGGUUGGCGACGACGGUUGGAGGUACCGUCGUCAGCCAUGGUAGUAAGACACAGAGCAUCGUGUCUCUGUCUUCGACGGAAGCCGAGUACAUUGCUGCCGGGGAGGGCGUCAAGGAGGCGUUGUUUGUGAGUGCUGUGCUUUCGUUGAUUGCCCCAGAGACCAGUGGUAGCAGCAUCCAGGUCUUUCAGGACAACCAGGGGGCCAUAGCGUUGGUGCAGAACCCCCUCAGCUCAGGUCGCACGAAACACAUCGACGUGAGGUAUCAUUUCAUCCGAGGAUUGUUUAGGUCGGGGGAUAUUUCGGUCAAGUUUGUUCCGACAACGGAGCAACACGCGGACCUCCUUACCAAGGCCCUUAGCAGGGUGGGGUCUUGCGAGAACGAUUUCGUCAUGGACAAGCUUGGGAGGUGCAAAAAGGAAGGUAGUGAAUCGGAUAGGAAAAAGGGAAGGUUGGGGUCAGGUACACAGAGGUCGGCGGUGAAGGAGAAUACCUUCACCUUCGAGACUGCUCGAGGUACCGCGCCUCUGUUCGUGAGGUGGAUUAUGGCAUCCUCACGAAGGCUACUGCGGUAGUACUCAUGUGUGGUUUUGAGCUAUGUCAGUGCGCAAGUACGUGGCCGUCCAUCGGUCAUUUGGAUCUUCGGGGUAUCUCCGGUAGUGGUAUCUUUGGCAAGUUGUCACGCGUUCCGUACUGUCAUGUGUUCCGAGGUCCGAAUGUGUCUUGCGACUGUUGCUCGCGUGCUUCGGUGCUUGUGAUGCACCCUGGUGCCCACUCUCUUCCGUUACUUGUGUCUACGAGGACGACCAAUAAAACGACUUUAUCAUUCCU